AUGCGCUGGUUUAGGACGGUGCCAGUUCUGGCGCCGUGCUCUCCCACGUCGCCUUUGAAACCAGGCCGGUUCCUGCGUUUGCUGCGAUGCUCAGCAUGGCAGGCCCAAGGUCUGAGGACAAAUCCGCAUUCAUGGAAUUGCCACGAGCAUACUCCCGCAGCAAAGUAUCUGCCCUAUAAACGCAGUUUUGCAACAGCAUCUAACUCGUCCGUGGCGGUGCCGUACAAGUCAUUUACGGUUGGCAUUCCGCGCGAGACAUUCCCUAACGAGCGCCGCGUAGCCAUUACGCCUCAGAACGUAGUUCUCCUUUUAAAGAGGGGCAUCUCUAGGGUUCUCAUAGAAACUGGUGCUGGAGCUGAAGCCCAGUUCACCGAUGAAGCUUACAGAAAGGCCGGUGCAAUUAUCGUCGAAAAAGAUGUGGUCUGGUCUCAGAGCGAUAUUCUUUUAAAAGUUCGCGCUCCCGGAAUAGAGGAUGGCCCUCUGAAUGAAGUAAAUGCCAUGCGUAAUGGUGCAACCAUCAUCUCUCUUCUCUACCCUGCGCAGAACAAGCCGGUCGUCGAAGCCCUUGCAGCCCGUGGAAUUACGUCCUUCGCCAUGGACAAGAUCCCUAGGAUCUCUCGUGCCCAGGUAUUCGAUGCCUUGAGCUCAAUGGCUAAUAUUGCUGGAUACAAAGCCGUCCUCGAGGCGUCUAACGAGUUUGGCCGUUUCCUAACUGGCCAAGUAACUGCUGCUGGCAAAGUGCUUGUGAUCGGAGCUGGUGUUGCUGGGUUGAGCGCAAUUGCUGCUGCACGUCGAAAUGGUGCAAUUGUUCGCGCUUUUGACACACGCUCCGCGGCCCGCGAGCAGGUACAAUCACUAGGUGCAGAUUUUAUCGAAGUUGAUCUAGAAGAAGAUGGGUCUGGGCAAGGCGGUUACGCCAAAGAAAUGUCUAAGGAUUUCAUCGAGGCCGAGAUGAAGUUAUUCAUGGAGCAAUGCCGUGAGGUGGAUAUCGUCAUCACAACCGCUCUGAUUCCUGGCCGGCCAGCGCCAAAACUCAUCACUAACGAGAUGGUACGUGCGAUGAAACCAGGAUCAGUCGUCGUCGAUCUUGCCGCCGAAGCUGGAGGUAACUGCGAAGCUACCAUUCCCGGCAAAAUAAAUGUAUACGAUGGGGUAAAGGUCAUCGGGUACACCGAUCUGCCAUCGCGGUUACCAACCCAGUCAUCUACUUUGUAUUCCAACAAUAUCACAAACUUCCUCCUUUCGUUAGCAGAUAAAGACAAAGGCUUUACUAUUGAUCUGACUGAUGAAGUUACCAGAGGAGCAAUUGUGAGCCUCAAUGGCGAGAUAUUACCACCAACCCCGCCUCCUACGCCUCCUCCAACACCAGCUGCUGGUACAGCGCAAAUUGCGGCUAAGGAUGAAAAAGUAGUUGCAUUGAAUCCAUGGCAAAAAGCAACACGUGAAGUGGCCACAGUGACGGUGGGCAUGGGAUCCGCUCUAGCUCUAGGAAAGCUGACUGGUCCUGCAUUCAUGGGUAACAUGUUUACUUUUGGGUUGGCUGGGCUUGUGGGCUACCGUGCAGUAUGGGGCGUUGUCCCUGCUCUUCACUCUCCCCUGAUGAGCGUGACGAACGCUAUUUCUGGAAUGGUUGGUAUCGGUGGACUCUUCGUCAUGGGCGGAGGCUAUGUUCCAACCAAUAUCCCCGAAACACUGGGAGCUAUCUCUGUUUUGCUCGCUUUUGUAAAUGUAUCCGGAGGCUUUGUUAUCACGAAACGCAUGCUGGACAUGUUCAAGCGCCCCACCGAUCCUCCAGAAUACCCCUGGUUGUAUGCCAUUCCGGGCCUUAUCUUUGGCGGUGGUUACAUCGCUGCUGCUUCAACAGGCAUGGCUGGUCUUGUACAGGCUGGGUAUUUGGUUAGCAGCGUGCUAUGUAUAAGUUCUAUAUCUGGGCUCGCAUCUCAGCUCACUGCGCGAAGAGGUAAUAUUCUUGGGAUCCUAGGCGUCAGCUCUGGUUUCUUGGCUUCAUUACUUGCUGUCGGAUUUGCCCCAGCGACUUUAGCUCAAUUUGGGGCCGUUGCUGGUAUCGGGGGUCUCUUAGGUGCUAUUAUCGGUCGACGUAUCACUCCAACUGAAUUGCCUCAGACAGUUGCGGCUCUACACUCCGUAGUUGGUCUAGCAGCAGUCCUAACGAGCAUUGGAAGCGUCAUGGCAGAUAUCGCCCAUGUCUCAACUCUGCAUAUGGUGACAGCAUAUCUAGGAGUCCUCAUUGGCGGUGUCACUUUUACUGGCUCAAUUGUAGCUUUCAUGAAAUUGGCUGGUCGCAUGAAGUCUUCGCCCACCAUCCUUCCUGGGAGACAUAUAAUCAACUCAUCCCUUCUAGGAGCCAAUAUUGCAACAAUGGGAGCCUUUGUGACUAUGGCUCCUGGUGCGCCUUUGAUUGCUGCAACUUGUUUGGGUACAAAUACGGUAUUUAGCUUCCUAAAGGGGUUUACAACAACGGCAGCCAUUGGAGGGGCUGAUAUGCCUGUUGUUAUCACUGUGCUUAAUGCCUAUUCCGGCUUCGCCCUCGUGGCUGAAGGGUUUAUGCUCGAUAAUCCAUUACUAACCACAUGCGUUGCGAUGAAUCGAUCUAUCACCAACGUGCUAUUCGGUGGCAUUGCGCCGAUACAAUCAAGCAAGAAGAUUGAAGGGGAGGUGACGACGACUGCCAUUGAUGAGACAGUUGAUUCUCUUGUCAAUGCUGAGAAUGUUAUCAUUGUUGUGGGAUACGGCAUGGCAGUCGCCAAAGCGCAAUAUGCCAUCUCGGAGAUCACCAAAAUGCUUCGGGCUAAAGGGGUCAAUGUACGCUUUGCCAUACAUCCAGUAGCUGGACGAAUGCCUGGGCAAUGCAAUGUCCUCCUUGCGGAAGCCUCUGUUCCUUACGACAUCGUCCUCGAAAUGGAUGAAAUCAAUGACGAUUUCAAUGACACUGACGUGACACUUGUUAUCGGUGCAAACGACACCGUGAACCCGAUUGCCCUCGAGCCCGACUCGCCUAUCUCGGGCAUGCCUGUGCUUCAAGCAUGGAAGAGCAAAGAAGUCAUCGUCAUGAAACGGGGCAUGUCAAGUGGAUACGCGGAUGUGCCGAAUCCAAUGUUUUAUAUGCCGAAUACCAAGAUGCUCUUUGGGGAUGCUAAGAGUUCAUGUGAUGCAAUCAAGAGUGCGUUGGAAAAACGCAAGUGA